AUGGCGGCAGCGCUGCUGCUGCUGGUGUCCCUGGCGGCGGCGGCGGCGGCAGACACGAGCAACACGUCGGACAACACGCAAAAGGAGAGGAGCGAGGAGGAGAUGCGGCGGAUCUUUAUGGAGUGGAAGGCCGAGCACGGCAAGAGCUAUAGCUCGGCCGCCGAGGAGGAGCACGGGUACGACAUGUUCAAGCACCGCCUCCGCGACAUCGACCAGCAGUGGCACGACAAAGGCUACUCCGCCUGGUCCUGGGAUAGGGAGAGGAGCGAGGAAGAGACCAGGCGGAUCUUCAUCGAGUGGAAGGCCUGCAACGGCAAGAUCUACAGCUCUAUCGCCCACGAGGAGCAUCGGUACGCCAUUUUUCAGGACGCCCUCCGUAACAUCGACCGACAUAACGCAGGCUACGCCAUAGGGGUUCAUAGUAGCACCCAAGGUAUCAACAUGUUCAGCGACCACACCAUGGAGGAGUACAGCGCCGUUUGUUGCGGGUACGUACCGGAGGGCUUCCAGCGAUCUCCGGCUGAAGUAAGAUGGUUGGCCGAGAUCCAGGAGCGGUUGCGGCUUGUAUAUGCCCGUACUUAA